CCUGUUAUAAAGCCAGAUCGACGUCAUCUGUGUCCACGAAGUUCCUUCUCCCAAACGUCCACCGUGUUACGACAACGACACAAAACCACCAUGUCUUCCCAGGCUGCCUCAGCACUACACGGUGUCGAAGCGUUCGUGUUCGACGUCUUCGGCACCACCGUUGACUGGCAAGGGAACAUCGUCCGCACGCUUGCGGCGUCUGCUGAAGGGACAGAAGAGGAUUGGAACGCCUUCGCUGAGGAAUGGCGCCUGGGCUACUUCACGCACGCGCGAAACGUUGCACAGUCCGGUCACGGAAUCACGAACAUGGAUGUUGUGCACAGGGAGAUACUGGAGGCGAUGCUUGAGUCCCCGCGAUGGAAGCACCUCGCGCCCGGGUGGGACGAGACAAAGCGACACGAGCUAGUCCUGGCGUGGCACCGCUCAGACGGUUGGCCGGAUGUCACCAGUGGGCUUUACGCCCUCAAGAAGAAAAAGAUCAUUGUAGCGCUGUCUAACGGGAACAUGCGUUUCCUGGUCGACGUCGCCAAGCACGCCGACCUGCCCUGGGACGUAGUCCUCUCCGUAGACCUCUUCGGGACGUGCAAGCCGAACCCAAAGGUGUACCAAGGUGCGUUGCGCUACCUCGAGCUCCCGGCGGAGAAGUGCGCGAUGGUCGCGGCCCAUAUGUGGGACCUUGAGGCUGCGGCGAAGCAGGGGAUGAAGACGGUGUACGUGCCGCGCCCGACGGACGAUGGGGACCUGAAGCAUAAGGUGAAGAGCAAGACCGAGGGAGGGGAGGUAGACGUCGUCGUGGGCUCGUUCGAGGAGCUGGCUAGCCUAGUGUAAACGCGUUCUUCUUCGGCUGAGUUCGAGGCAGACGGCUGGUCUUGUACGUUUAAGCAAGCAGGGUCCAAGAAAGUGUUGUCGGAUGUUAGUGACAAGUGCGUUUGAAAAACGCGUCUAGCUUCCAGCGAACACGGUUUCGGCCUCCGGGCUCUCGAGUAGAAUCGGUAUAACGUGCGCGUUAGGCGAUGGUGUGAUAUUAGUUUCGGCGACGGAAGGCAGGACGGGGUCCGCGCGCCAGUCGUCGACUUCAUCGCGAAUCGCAGGAGACACCAUCGCAACUUCCGAUAAGCGUCGAGUGUCGAUACCUGGUGUGUGAGGCAUUUCGUCCCAGUAGAUACCCAUAUCGAGGAUGUACGAUAUGUCGGCGACGUCCAUUUCAUCGUCAGCUGGGACUCCGGGAUCUGUAUCCUGCUGCGUCUGUGCCGAAGGUAGUGGGGGUAGAGGGCCGGAGGGAAUCGAUUCCGGCGGAUGCGUAAGCUCCCGGGAGGGCACCAAGGUAGUUUUAUCGCCUGAAGACGGCUGGCUGUCAACCACCGUAAGCGUAUUCGAACCUUUCUGAACACGGUCCGGGGCUUUUGCGCCCUCGUCCUCUUUCGAGAACCGCUCGAGUUGCAUCGCCAGCCUUCCGAGAGCCUUCCGAGUUACGCCGGAGGCCUCCGAACGCAUGUGUUCCGGUGUUGGUAAAUCCCGUACAAGAAGCUCUCCAACGCCCCGGUAAGCAGUGGCACACUUCGCCGCAUGUUUCUGAAGCACGACGGUAGCCGCUGCCCCAGGCCGCCGCAGCUCCCAAACAAGGUCUGGGAGCGUGGUAUCGACAAGAGCCCAGAGUAGGCUCUGCUGCCUACAUGUGCUUUCCGGCCACGCGGGAGAUCGGAGGAAGCACUCGAAACCAAGGAGCAUAACUCUGAUGCGCUCCUCGACGGGGAGAAGCAGUUCUCCCAGCGUAGCCCGAUGGCGUAGCAGAUAGCGCACGAUGUGUUCAAGGCCAGUAAGGUAGUUGCUGAUGGCGACGUAGUUGUUAAGGUCUACGACCUGCUCGAGCGCGUCCCAUUUGCCCGGGAACGCUGCUUCUACGUCCGCAAGAACCGUCUGUCCAAGUGUCGUGCUCCUCUCCUGAGAGACCUGUGCGUCCCGCAGAUAGCGAAGG